AUGUCUCAAUCUCUUUAUUCGUCGCUUUCGCUGGAGUCUAACACAAUUCGGUUGCUUCGCAUAUUGCCGAAUGAGAACGAGGAGGCCGAUAUCAACUGUACGCUCUUUGUGUACCCACUACAUGAUUCCGGCAGAGGUACUCAUCGAUAUGAAGCUUUAUCUUAUGUAUGGGGAGAUGCAAACAACUCUCGUUCCAUUUGCGUAAAUGGGCAUAGUUUGACUGUCAGGGCAAACCUUCACUUUGCCCUCUCACGUCUUCGAGAUCCUAUUUUAGACCGCAUUAUAUGGAUAGAUGCUAUUUGUAUCAAUCAAGAGGACUUAAAUGAGCGAGGCCAUCAGGUUCAGCUUAUGGCGAAGAUAUACAGCAAAGCAAGUCAAGCGGUAAUUUGGCUGGGAGAGGCGGCAGACAAUAGUGAUCGAGCUCUUGAAGGAAUAGUUAUUGCCGCAAGCCAAUCUGAAAUCUCUUCAAAUAGCAUAACGCGGAUGGCAGUUCUUGCACUAGUUCAACGUCCCUGGUUUCGGCGCAUUUGGGUGCUACAAGAAGUUGCCGCAGCUCGACACAUACUAAUCAUGUGUGGUCUUGUUGAGAUCGAUGGGUACGCGUUCUGUUCAGGGUUAAAUUUAUGGAAGGACUCUCUCGAAGCUUAUCCAAAAUUGCAAAGAUUGAUUCGUUUGCAAACUUUCGGCCCAAAUAUGCAAAAAAAUAGCUCGGACAAUUUCUCCCUUGAUAUUCGCCCUUUAAGCGAGCUGAUAGAAACAUAUUAUACCCGGGAAUCGACCGAUGUCCUUGAUAAAGUGUAUGCUUUACUCGCCAUGUGCUCCGAUAAUCCUACCUCAGCAGGCUUACUCCCCGACUACACCAUUCUAUGGGAACAACUCUUUCAGCAGCUUGUCCAGUUCAUUCUUUGUAAAGAGAUAGAAGUGAUAAUCCCGCAAGACAGAAAGAAAGCAAUAUUCAAAAGCAAAGGUUGUGUUCUUGGCUUGGUGAGUUCAGUGUACGUUGAUGCUGCUUGGAAUGACACGCAAAAGGUGGAAAUCGUUUUCACUGAUGCUUUUGAGUAUUUGGAAAGCGAAAUGGGAAUGCAGACUACUUGGAAUAUCCCAAUGAUGGAAAAAAACAUACAGAGAGGUGACAUCUUCUGUAUUUUACAAGGAGUUUCAAAGCCAACGAUUAUCAGGCUUUGUGAUGAUUAUUUCUCUGUCAUCAUGAUUGCAGCAACUCCUAUGGAUUUCACGUUAGAAUUGAAAUCAGAGUGGUACAAAAUUUUGCGUUCAAUAACAACUUUCCCACGGGAUUUACUACUUGCAUGGGACUUGGGGGGGUCUCGGAAGAAGUUGGUAAGUCUGGAAUCUGAGAACUUGAGAGUGCCUAUCAAUCCAAACUCAAUGCUCGAGGAAGAUUUAGAGACGGAUGGGACUCAAGGGGCGAAGAAAGAUAUAGAAUCAAGCGAAGAGAUACGUGACAGUUUGGAGGUGAAGAUUCACGUAAAGGCGGAGAGCUGUUCAGAAUCUGGACAGAAUUCAGAGGCGAAGGAGAAUUCCGAUAGUGAUGAGCAUUCGACAGCAGAAGAGUAUUCGAAAGCAAAGGGGUGUUCAUAUAUGAGUGAGAAUUCAGAAGCAGGAGAACAUCUAAACCUGGAUGGGUAUUCAGAGACUGGGUCGAGAAUAUGGGAUAACGCAAUUAGAUUGCGUGACGUAGCUCUGAUAUUGAAAGACUUGAGACUGUAUGAUGAUGCAGAAGUUUUAUUUCUGCGAUUGAUAAAGACAAGAAAACAACUACAAGGAGUCGAACACCCACAAACACUACUCAGUAUAGCUGAUCUGCAGUUAUAUUAUCAAGAGCGAGGACUCUUGAGGGAGACAGAAGAAUUAGAAGCAAUGAAGCAUCUCCUCGAGACAGGAGAAAGCGCCGCUCAAGUUUCAGAAGAAGAGGUGGUCGAAAUUGCGUCAUUAUCAUCUUCCAAAUCAAUGAUGCUCUUACUCGAGCGGAGAAAUGGGAAUAUUCCGAUCACAGAAGAGGUAGUCAAGAUAGCAGCAGCUAAUUACGACUGCGGAACUGAUAUAAUGAAGCUAUUGCUCAGAGAAAGAGAGGAUCUUUCAAUUACAGAAAAUGUUGUUCGAAUUGUAGCAGGAAAUAGGGAGGGAUAUGAAAUAAUGAAACUUCUAUUUGAUAAAAUAGAGGACUUUUUGAUUACAGAAGAGGUUGUUCGAAUCGUGGCAGAAAACAAAAAUGAAGGAUAUAAUAUCAUGAAGCUUCUAUUUGAUAAAAAGGAAGACCUUUUGAUUACAGAAGAGACAGUUCGAAUCGCAGCAGGAAAUUUGAAGUGGGGAGAGUCUCUACUGGAACUGCUAUUUCAGCAAAGAGGAGAUCCGAUUCCGAUUACAAGAGAGAUAAUCAAAGAAGCGAGGGGAUCAGAUUUUAAUCACAGAGGAAAUAGUCAAAAAUGUAGUAGAGAACGGGCCUUGCACUCCAUCUCUAAUGAAACUGCUAUUAAAAAAAGGGGGGAUCAGAUCCCAAUCACAGAAGAGACGAUCAAAAAAAUAGUAGGGCGUAUAGAUGAUGGAUUUUCCGUAUUGGAAUUACUAUUUCAAACAAAGGGGGAUCAGAUCUUAAUCACUCAAGAGAUAGUCGAAGCAGCGGCGGAUCGCUUCACGCAGGGAUAUGAAACAAUGAAGUUUCUCCUGGAAAGAAAAGGGGAUCAGAUUCUGAUCACUGAAAAAAUUCUGAAAAUCGCAGCAGGGAAUAUUUGCAUUACAGAAGAAAUAUUAAAAAUCGCAACAAGGAAUGAGGGGUACGCGGCACAAGGUAUGAUGUCAAUUUUCUUUGAAAGGCUGGGGGAGCAAUUUCCAAUCACAGAGGAGACUUUGAAAGAAAUAUUAGAACUGGCAGCGACGAAGUGGAAGCCAUCUUUUGUAAAGCGCCUUUCCACAUGGAAACUGAAAGGGCAUGGGUAA